AUGCCAGAACAAGCCGUUAUCCAACCUAUCCAACCACCGGUGGACCGCGGACCAGGAAGGAGAAAGGAAGACGAAAUAGUAAAAUACAACUGGGGCCUGUAUCGAAUGAAAAUCCAGCUGGUUCGGCGAGCAAAUGUGGUGUGGAAACUCGUUGGAAACGACGAGGCGCCCGCAGUAUUUGAGCCCCAGGUUCUUUCGUUGAUGACCGACCCAUGUUUGUGUGGUGAUAUUCGUCGACUACCUCCAUUCAUUGCCCAAAGGGAUGUUAGAGAAGCGAUUCUCGGGCGGAUGAACAAAGGAGGGCGGACCAGCCGGACUUUAGCGGAGAGAAUACGUUACUACGAAAAACCGGAUGGCGUAACGGCUUGUUCUGGCUUAACGCAGGAAUAUACGGGGCAAUUGGCUGUGCUCAAUGAUAGGAGGGCGAAAAUGCCAGAAUGGGACGAUGGGGAAGGAGGUGGUGGAAAGAGUUUAUAA